GCAGCGCUCCUCGCUGUACGUGCCGUGGCAGACCAUGCAGGUCGAGACGGCCACGGGCAGCGGCGCCUUCAUCCGGCGCCGCUCCCCCCCGGCGCCCAGUCCCAGCUCCUCGAGCUCCCUGGACGCCGGCGAGCACGAGCGGGUGAGGACUGCGGAGCCGCCGUACUGGCAUUGCAAGAAGGUCGAGGAGGCCCUGCCCCACGCCCGCGGCGACCUGAUCCUCACCGCGGCGCACGUGGUGGCGGACGCGCGCGACAUCCGCGUGCAGCUGUUCCGCUCGGAGAGCAACGGCUCCAGCGGGAGGUACGUGGCCAGAGCCGAGCUCAUCCGCGAGCUACAGUCGAAGGUGGCCUCGCUCGAGGGCAAUGCGCCGCCCUGGGCGGUCAGGCAUCCGCCCUCCCAGGCGUCUGCCAGCACGAAGGAGCUCUCGUUCGCGGACGUGCUGCAGUUCCUCAAGCGUGAGGGUGUGGACACGGCAAGUGUCGUGGAGGCGGAGAAAGUCAAGCAGGCGUCUGCAGCGGCCAAGGGCCAUUCGGCGCCGUCCGCGCGGUGGAAGGUCGAGAACUUCCAUGCGAAGCUGGCCAAGCUCAGGAAGGGUCCGCUGAACGCCAAGGCCAGGGCCCUCAGUGACCACCGGGAGGAGUUUGACAAGGCUCUGGCGGAGGUCACAGCGGCGGCCACGGCGCGUAAGGAGGAGCUGGCAAAGUCGGAGGCGGCCUGCGACUGCGUCGCGCUGUCCGCCGAGGGCCAGGCCGCGCUGGCCACGCUGGAGCGCCUCCAGCUGGCAGCUGCCCAGGCCAGGUCCGAGGCAGCGGCAGCUCCUGACGGCGCGCGCGGCGAUGCCGUUGGAGAGGACCACCGCGCCGACCUGCCAGCCGACCCCGAGGACGUGGACAUGAACUUGCUGGGAAGCGAGGAGUUCGCCGACCGCCAGCGCGCCUGCGCCGAGGCCGCCAACGAGCUCCGCCAAGCUCGAGAGGCAGAGCCUGCCGUGCUGGAGGCGGCCAAGCGCAAGUACUUGGACGCCGUGGCGGGCCUCGGCAUCAAGCGGGCGAACCUUGUGGACGAGGGCUGGGCGGCGCUGGCGAUCUUCGCCGUCCCAGCAUGCUGGCCUGAGCGGGUGCCCGACCCUGGCUGGAUUCAGCCCUGCAGCGUCACAGCCCCCCCCCCCCUUGCCGCCGCCUGCCUCGGCGACGGCAAGGGCGGCCGCUGCGACCGCGGGCUCGGCAGGGUCGGCGGCGGCAAGCAGUUCGCGAUGUCCAGGGCGACCCUCAUCGUCGACUGCCACGAGUGGAUCGGCGAGGAUGCUCGAGGGGUCGCGCUGCUGACGCAGGCGAUCUGCGGGCAGGGGGCGCGCCUCAAGGCGAGUGCCAAGUGCCAGGCCAGAUCAGGUCGGCUGCUGCCGGCGGAGCUGGCGGCGUCGGAGGCGGAGCCGAAGGGCCCGUUCACAGGAGCCGAAAACUGGCUGGUGGACUUUUUCGACGUCGACGGGAGUUCUCGGGGCGCCUACCGCGGGAGGGCCCAGGGGCCCAAGACGGUCAAGGCCGCGGGCACUCAGGCGGACCGCGGCGUGGAUGUCCUUCCAGGCGUUGGCCACCCGUGCUGCUACAGUUCCAGGCUCGGUUGCCAGCUAGGCGCGCCAGGCAGGGCCCGACGUCAGCAAUGGCUUGACAGACUCGGGGGCACGGCCCCCAGCUUGGCCCUGCCACGACGGCCAGCUGGACCAGCAGUUCGUUCUAGUCUCAUCGGCUCCAUCGAAGCCAGCGGCGCGAGGUGCACAGGGCAUCUCCAGCAUAUUGGUAGGUACGUGGAGGAGUUGAGGAGGGUGGAUGUUAAGGAGGGGCUCAGCAGGUGGCAGAAGUAG